CCCGUGCUGUCCGAGUGUCCCGCCGCUCCAUGUCCCGGCUGCUGUCUGCCCCGCGGGCCGCCUCGGGCGCCCCGGUCCGGCCCGCCACCGUGCUGGGCGCCAUGGGGAUGGGGGGCAGCUUGGACGCAGCCGCCAGCGCCGCGGCCGUGCGCGCCUUCCUGGAGCGCGGCCACACCGAGAUAGACACGGCCUUCUUUUACACCGACGGCCAGUCCGAGAGCAUCCUGGGCGGCCUGGGGCUCGGGCUGGGCGGCGGCGACUGCAGAGGUAAGGUGGAAACGGAGCUCUUCCCCUGCCUCAGGCACUUUGGAUUGAGGUUCUACGCCUACAACCCUCUGGCUGGGGGCCUGCUGACCGGCAAGUACAAGUAUGAGGACGAGGACGAGAAACAACCUGUGGGCCGCUUCUUUGGGCAUAUGUGGGCUGAGUUCUACAGGAAUCGCUACUGGAAGGAGCACUACUUCAAGGCCAUCGCCCUGAUGGAGAAGGCCCUGCAGGCUGCCUAUGGGACCAGCGCCCCCAGCAUGACCUCGGCCGUCCUCAGGUGGAUGUACCACCACUCCCAGCUGCAGGGUGCCCACGGGGACGCCGUCAUCCUGGGCAUGUCCAGCCUGGAACAGCUGGCACAGAACUUGGCAGCGGCUAAGGAAGGGCCCCUGGAGCCAGCCGUCGUGCAGGCCUUUGAUCAAGCCUGGCACCUGGUUGCCCAUGAGUGUCCUGACUACUUCCUAGACCUCUCUUGACUUGAGGUGGCCGAGGGACCCUCUGCCUGUCACCUCUUUCAUUCUCUCACCCUGGUUGGUUCUGGCAUUAAGCUACUUUAGCCUUUCCUCAUCAUCCCAGUUCACAAACUGUUUAUUUCCUAUAUUCUUGCAAUACUCUCAGUUGCCCUCAUGAUGUGAAAAGGCCAGGGCUGUGAUCUACUCGGUGUUUCCUCUCUGAAUAAAGCAGGCACUUGAUGUGGCCGUAGCCGAGGC